ACCAAGCUUGCUCAAGAAAAGGAUCUUGAGUUCCGAAAGAUGAUGCUUGACAAGCAGGCUCUUGAGAUAGAAGUGAAACAGCUAUAUGGAGAACUGGAAGUAACUGAGAUUAUGCCAGGUGAGGAAGUUUCAAAGAAGAAGAAGGUAGAUGAACUUAUCAAGAAGCUAGAAGAGAAGUAUGAGGAAAAGGAAUACAUGGAAGCACUCCAUAAAAACCUGAUUAACAAGCAAACAGAACACACCAAUGAGCUGCGACCUGCUCGGGAGAAGCUAAUAAAAGGCUUCCGGGAAAUUACAAGUGGCCGAGGAAAUAUAGGCAUCAAAAUAAUUGGCAAGCUUGAUAAAAAAUCAUUUGUAAAUGCUUGCAAAAAUCAGCAAAAUGAGGAUGCAGAAGUUACAGCUACCAUUCUUUAUUCAAAGUGGGAGGCUCAGAUUGAAAGUUGGUCUGCCAUGGUUCAUGGGAGAAACAUGGAAAUUGUCUCCAAGGACAAUGAGAAGCUCCGGGAACUAAAGGAAGAGCAAGGUGAAGAAUUUUACACCUUAGUUACAAAGGCACUGGAUGAAAUCAACGAGUACAAGUCUUACCUGGAAGAGCAUGAUGGAGAAAUAUAUGGUGUACCUGAGCUGUGGAACUACAAGGCUGACCGGUUAGCAACGGUUAAAGAGGGUAUCCAGUACGCUCUUGAAAAGUGGAUGUCCAACAAGAGGAAGCGCUGAGCCUAGAAUUUACCUGGGAUGUUGUCCUUAUGCUUUCCUGCUUUAGAUAUCUGACUAUGUUAUUUAACCUAAACAAGAUGUGAACAUUAGAACAUAUCUGUUCUUUGCGAUGGUACUUAGAAGUAUGUUUAUGUUGCUUGGUAUGUUAAUUUUCUUGAACUAGAUAA